GAAUUGUUCUUUCAAAUGGCCACACCUGGAAACAGCAGCGACACAUCGGCAUCACUGCUUUGCAGAAGCUGGGCCUGGGGAAAAAAAGCAUUGAGCAUCAGAUAGAAGAAGGAGCUCAGACGCUGGUAGAGAUUUUCACACAAACAAGAGGAGAGCCAUUUGACCCUUCAUUUCCAGUAAUAAAUUCAGUUUCUAAUGUCAUUUGUGCUUUGAGUUUUGGACAUCAGUUUGCUCCUGAAGAUGAAAACUUCCAGAAGCUAAUUUCAGCCCUGAACAUUCUUCUGAAAUUCACUGGUAACACUUUCCAUAUGGUGUAUAAAUUGUUCCCAAGGUUAAUGGAUUACCUCCCAGGGCCUCACAAGGAGGCCUUGGUUUCUGCAGAAUUGAUCCUUUCCUUUGUAAGGGAGGAAAUAGAGAAACACAAGGAAUUCCACUCUCGGCAUAAGCCACAAGAUUUCAUUGAUCACUAUCUUCUUCAGAUGGAGAAGAGCAGGAAUGACCCCAGCUCGACCUACAAUGAAGAGAACCUGGCUCAGUGUGUUUUUGAUUUCUUUAUUGCUGGAACAGACACAACCUUUGCUACUCUGAUGUGGGCACUGCUCCUCUUGGCAAAUCAUCCCCACAUCCAAGAGAAAGUCCAGAAGGAGAUUGAAGAUGUGUUUGGCUUCUCGGGGUCAAUUUCCUAUCAAGAUCGGAAGAAACUGCCCUACACCAAUGCUGUGAUUCAUGAAAUGCAGCGUAUAAAAUAUGUCAUGCUAUUUGGGGCUCCCAGGCAAAGUACAAAGGAUGUGAAGAUGAGGGGUUACCACAUCCCAAAGGGGACCUUAAUUAUCCCAGACCUGCGCUCUGUCCUUUUUGAUCCUGAACAAUGGGAGACACCUGAAGAAUUCAACCCCAAUCACUUUUUAGACAAGGAAGGGAAGUUCAUCACCCGGGAACAGUUUCUGGCAUUCGGAAUAGGUCAGCGGGUAUGUGUGGGAGAGCAGCUGGGAAGAAUUGAGACCUUCAUCUUUCUGACCAGCCUGUUGAGGGCCUUCCGCUUCCAGCUGCCUGAAGGGGUGAGAGAACUCAAUCAAGCACCUGUUGUACAGUUGAUCAUGCAUCCACACCCUUACAAACUCUGGUCCCGAAGACAUUUGCCUCCCGGUCCUUUGGCUCUGCCUCUCAUUGGGACCUUUUGGGCAAAUGGGUUUUGGCUUCGUGAAGAUUAUUUCCUUAAGGAUAAAAAACGAUAUGGAAAUAUAUACACCGUGUUUUUAGGACAUACCCCUGCAGUAGUGCUGUCUGGAUUCAAAACUGUGAAAGAAGGAAUGACCAGCUUCUCAGAAGAAUUCUCUGAUAGACCAGAUGAUCCUUUCAUGAAUGUUUUAGCGAAAGGAAGGGGAAUUUUUCUUUCAAAUGGCCACACCUGGAAACAGCAGCGACACAUUGGCAUCACUGCUUUGCGGAAGCUGGGCCUGGGGAAAAAAAGCAUUGAGCAUCAAAUAGAAGAAGGAGCUCAGAAGCUGGUAGAGAUCUUUACAGAAACAAAAGGAGACCCAUUUGACCCUUCAUUUCCAGUAAUAAAUUCAGUUUCUAAUGUCAUUUGUGCUUUGAGUUUUGGACAUCAGUUUGCUCCUGAAGAUGAAAACUUCCAGAAGCUAGUUCAAGCCAUGAACAUUCUUGUGAAAUUCAGUGGUGACGCUUUUCAUAUGAUGUAUGAUGUGUUUUCACGGUUAAUGAACUACCUCCCAGGGCCUCACAAGGAGGCCAUGGCUUCUGCAGAGUUGAUCCUUUCCUUUGAUGUGAAGAUGAGGGGUUACCACAUCCCAAAGGGGGCUUUUAUUAUCCCAGACCUCCGCUCUGUCCUUUUUGAUCCUGAACAAUGGGAAACACCUGAAGAAUUCAACCCCAAUCACUUUUUAGACAAGGAUGGCAAGUUCAUCACCCGGGAAGAGUUUCUGCCAUUUGGAAUAGGUCAGCGGGUAUGUGUGGGAGAGCAGCUGGCAAGAACUGAGACUUUCAUCUUUCUGACCAGCCUCUUGAGGGCCUUCAGCUUCCAGCUGCCCAAAGGAGUGAAAGAACUCAAUCAGGCACCUGUUGCAAAGGUGAUCAUGCAUCCACACCCUUACAAACUGUGUGCUGUUCCCCACACAGGCAUAAAACUUAUAAAAACACCAUGA